AUGGAUGUUGGGAAUGCAAAGACUGAUGUGGUUGCGGUUUCUGUGGAUCAUAAUUUUUCAACUUAUCUUCACAAUGGUUUUCUUUCUGUUGUGCCUGGAAAAAAGGAUUUGGUAUUAUGUUGCAGAGGUAUUGAUGAAUCUUCUGCUAUAUCAGCUGUCAUGGAAGGCGUACAUGUGGUGAAUGGUUUGGAGUAUAAGAUGUAUUGCAGCUCAUCAAAGUUUGAUGGAUUUCAGAAGAAUUCUAUCCAAAUGGUAAAACCAGCAAAAGGAACAACAACUUUGGCUUUUAUUUUUAAGGAAGGUGUGAUGGUUGCUGCAGAUUCCCGAGCUAGCAUGGGAGGCUAUAUAUUUGACGGGGAGAGUGGAAAAAAAAGACGAUGGUCAGAGGGGAUUCACCUGGCUGUGGAGGCAAAAGAAGGGUUACCAAUCCAGGCUGAUUCAGUUGUAGUGGCACAAAUCACAUACCAAUCAAUGUUUAAGCUUUAUCCAAAGCUUUCAGGGAUGACAGGAACUGCAAAAACUGAACAUCCUACUUUCAUUGCUUUCUACCAUACUAGCAUACUCUUUAAAAAAGAUAUCUUUCAUAAGGCACUGUACUUUGAAAACUAUACCACUUAUGGUUAUAGCUCUAAAUACGUGGGCAAAAGUGAGAACAAGAGUUGGACAUAUGAGAAGGCAAAAUCUAUAAUUUCAGAGUCAAUUGAAAUGAGCCAGUCAAUGGGUUUAGAUGAACUGCAAAGGCUUGUGGAAGAACAGGCAGAGAUGUACCCUCUUGGUCCUUGCAUUGCAAUUGCCUAUUUAUCGGUUCUAAAGGACUGUGAGAUUCAUUGCUUUCAUGAAGGAUUGGAAGUCAAACGACUUGGUGGUCUCCAUGUCAUUGGGACAUCUUUGCAUGAGUCCCGAAGAAUUGAUAAUCAGCUUCGUGGCAGAGCAGGAAGGCAAGGAGAUCCUGGAUCAACACGCUUCAUGGUCAGGUAA